AUGCAGGGCUAUAAAUGGGGUCUCAAUCCCUAUAUCCAGAAAACGCUUUACACAACAGUAGCCGAGAAAGUUAUAACUUAUGGAGCGGCUGUUUGGUCAGCGCCUAUGCAGGGCCGCAAAGUCAAGCAUCUACUUAGCAUACAAAGGCCUUUUCUCCUGAAUGUCACCAAGGCCUUCCGAACAUCCCCUACAAAUGCGUUAUGCGUACUAGCGGGAUUGCUACCGCUCCAUCUGAGCGUAGAAAAGGAAGCAGCCUAUCAGGAGAUCACUCAACUUGGCAAUCUAACCACCUUCAGAGACGAGCUAUACUCACCAGCCGAAUUUGAACAAAAGAUGAUACGCCUUGCCGAUCACCCCUCAACGCAGGGACAGGGAGUAAAGAUUAGCAUCAAGCAAAACACCAAUGUAAAGGAAGAUGAUCUAGUCUAUUAUACCGACGGGUCAAAACUAGAUGAAAAUACAGGUUGCGCCUAUGUUGCCCUCAGACAGCAAAGCACAAUAGCACAAUGGAAAGGUCACCUGGACACAAACAACAGCGUGUUCCAGAGUGAAGUAAUGGCCAUCAAACAAGCUCUACUUACGAUAAUCCAACAGCGGCAAAGAGACAGCUUCAUUAUAACAGACAGCCUCUCCUCGCUGUAUGCAAUUGUGAACCCUGUGCACAGCUCCCCACUGAUUGCAGAGAUUCAGACACAUCUGCGCGACCACAGCCAUCUUAACACCAGGAUAGAAUGGACCAAGGCCCACGUCGGCAACAGGGGGAACGAGCAAGCAGAUCAACUUGCAAAGGAGGCUGCAAGAAACAUCAAUGCGGAACAUAUCACCAUCCCUUGGCCAGUUUCAUAUUUAAAGAAAAGUCUGAAACACAAGGCAAAAUCCGUUUGGCAGGAGGAAUGGGAUACUGGUGAGACAGGACGCCGUGCUCACUAUCACGUCCCUACGGUAGACUCAGACCGUCUCAUAGUGCAUGCACAAAUGGUCCGAUACAUUACCGGACACGGUCCUUUUCCCGUGUACUAUGAAAAACACGGGAUCGCACAAAAUGCACAUUGUAUAUGUGGUGAGAUGGGCACCCCAGAUCAUUAUGUUACCCAAUGCCCGCUUACAGCAGAUCUGCACCUGCCAAUUCCAACUACAAAUACGCAGGCUUUCUGCAGAUUUAUGGUUUGA